CUAACUUCUCUUUCUGACCAUAUCCUCGUGGACUGUCAGUCUUCUUUCACUUUUGAUCCAAAAAUUGUUGUACUUUGUUUGAGUUACUAAAAUGGCCAACAAAGUCUCCAACUUCUCGGAUCUGAUCCAACGUGUCACUGCUUCUUGCUUGCUCCACCCACUCUCCUCCAACGCCCACAUCUCCAAUGCUCAUGACGAAUCUGAAGAUGACGACAAGUACACUACAGAAGACGAAGAACAAGAAGAAGAGGAGGAAAACACACCGUAUAAUGUGGAGACUGUGGAAAAGUUUGAGGUGAAAAAGGAGGACACACAAACGGAGAAAGUAAUUGAAAUGGAAAUGCUGUUAGGUGAAGUGUUUGAUGCAGUAUCGGCAAUGAAGAAGGCGUAUGUUAGUCUACAGGAAGCGCAUUGUCCUUGGGAUCAGGAUAAAAUGCGCGUUGCUGACGUGGCUGUGGUAUCUGAACUGCGAAGGCUUGGAGUGUUGAGGGAAAGAUUUCGUCGGAAUGUUGUUAGAAGUGGAAGCGGAAGAGGAGACUGGAGAGUCGGGGCGGCAACGUUGAGAGAAGUAGUGGCGCCGUAUGAAUCCGCUUUGGAUGAACUGAAGCAAGAAGUGAAGACGAAAGAAAUUGAGAUUGAUGAUUUGAAGGAGAAGUUGAAAAUGGCGACGCUGGUUAGCAGCAAUAGUAAUGGGAAGAAAAGUAAGUCGAAACGGAGAGUUAGCUGCAGCAGUCAAGCUCAGGUUAAUGUGUUGCCGGCACCUGAUUUGUUCGAAGCUACAGUGAGUUCAGUUAAAGAAGCGUCAAAAUCUUUCACGAGUUUGCUUCUCUCUUUGAUGCGUUCUGCUCACUGGGACAUUGCGGCAGCAGUGAGAUCCAUUGAAGCUGCUUCAUCCAACACCACCACUACACCAACGGCGGAUUCAAUUGUCGGAGCCAACCACGCAAAAUACGCACUGGAAUCUUAUGUGAACCGAAAAAUGUUCCAAGGAUUCGAUCACGAGACAUUCUACAUGGACGGAAGCUUAUCAUCACUGCUCCAGCCAGACCAACACCGCCGCGAGUGUUUUACACAGUACAGGGACAUGAAAGCAAUGGAUCCAAUGGAACUUCUGGGAAUUCUCCCAACUUGUAGUUUUGGGAACUUCUGUUUCAAGAAGUAUUUGGCUAUAGUGCACCCCAAAAUGGAGGAGUCUCUGUUUGGUGAUUUGGAGCAGAGGCGUCAGGUGCUGGCUGGGAACCAUCCAAGGAGUCAGUUUUACGGGGAGUUUCUUGCGCUAGCAAAGGCUGUUUGGCUGCUGCAUUUGCUGGCCUUUUCUUUGGAUCCUCCACCAAGUCAUUUCGAGGCGAGCAAUGGAUCUGAGUUUCACCCCAAGUAUAUGGAAAGUGUGGUGAAGUAUUCCAUUUCCAUGGGGAUAGGAGGGAGAAUGGGUAGUGGUUUAGUUGUCGGGUUUCCAGUUAGUCCCGGGUUUAAGCUCGGAAAUGGAUCAGUUGUUAAGGCCAGGGUUUAUUUAGUCCCCAAAAAUGGGUUUUAAGUUUUUUGGAUGGACAUAAAUUAGUCCAUGCACUACUUGCCUUGUCUAUGUAUUAGUCCUACUAGUUGGUAUCAAAAAUAACAAAAGGGUACAUUUGGCUUUGGGAUCA